GCUGGCGGGGCAGGGCCGCCGCGAGGGUGGGGUUUGGGCGGCGCUACGCGGAGGCGGCCCGAGGCUGGCCCGGGAUCAGGGGAGCCGAUGUGGAAUUUCCUGCCGGGCCCGGCCCCCUCCCCUCUCCCCUCCUCCCCUGCCCGCCCCGCCGGGCCUCGCCUCUCGCCUCUCGGCCCCGGGCUCCCCCUGCACUCGGCUUCCGGCCGCGCUCCCUGCAGCCGCUCUGCGCCCCGCGCCCCCCCCCUCCCCCGGCCCGGCAUGGGGGGCCCCGGGGCUCGCGCCGGCCGCGCGCCGCGGCCGUGGCCCCUGCCGCCGUCGCCGCCUGCCCUGGUGCUCCUGCCGCCGCUGCUGCUGCUGCUGCUGCCGCUGCCGCCUCCGCUGCGAGCCGCCCCGGAGCUGAGCCCGCGGGGACGCAAUGUGUGCCGGGCGCCCGGCGCCCAAGUGCUCGCGUGCUGUGCGGGAUGGAGGCAGCAAGGCGAGGAGUGCACCGUCGCCCUGUGCGAGGGGAACUCCACGUGCUCGGAGAACGAGGUGUGCGUGCGCCCGGGCGAGUGCCGAUGCCGCCACGGCUACUUCGGAGCCACGUGCGACACCAAGUGCCCGCCCCAGUUCUGGGGCCCCGACUGCAAGGAGCUGUGUAGCUGCCACCCGCACGGGCAGUGCGAGGACGUGACGGGGCAGUGUACGCAGACCGCUGGGGGACAAGGCUCAGCACGCUGCGCUGUGCUAACACGGGCGCGGGUACCUGAGAGCGGGCAAGGUGGCCAGAAGCCUGGGUGGGGUUUCAGUGCGCAGGCCUGUUACUGCAGCCAGACGUCCCAGUGCGAGCCGCAGACGGGCGCGUGCCUCUGCCACACCGGCUGGUGGGGCCGCAGCUGCAACAACCAGUGCUCGUGCAACGGCUCCCCCUGCGAGCAGUUCAGCGGUGCCCAGGCGGGAGCGGAGUCGGGGGGCUUGCAGCGCUACUGCCAGUGCUACCGCGGCCGCUGCAACCCGCUGGACGGCACGUGCGCCUGCGAGCCGGGCUACCGGGGCAAGUACUGCCGCGAGACGUGUCCCGCCGGCUUCUACGGCCAGGGCUGCCGCCGCAGGUGCGGCCAGUGCAAGGGCCAGCAGCCGUGCACGGUGGCGGAGGGCCGCUGCCUCACCUGCGAGGCGGGCUGGAACGGGACCAAGUGCGACCAGCCGUGCGGGCCGGGCUUCUACGGGGACGGCUGUGAGCUGCGCUGCCCGCCCUGCCGAGAUGGCCACACCUGCAACCACAUCACCGGCAAGUGCACGCGCUGCAACGCCGGCUGGAUCGGGGACCGGUGCGAAUCUAAGUGCAGCAACGGCACGUACGGCGAGGACUGCGCCUUCGUGUGCAGCGACUGCAGCAGCGGCCACUGCGACUUCCAGUCCGGGCGCUGCCUGUGCGGCGCCGGCGCCCGCGGCCCCCACUGUAACCGCUGCCUCCCAGGCCACCAUGGAGUGGACUGUGCCCAGGGUGGCAGCUGCCACGAGGACACGUGUGACCCUGUGACGGGGGCCUGCCACAUGGAAACCAACCAGGCGCCAGGGGUGAUGGCUGGGGCCCUCCUCAUCCUCCUGUUGGGCCUGCUCCUCUCACUGCUGGGCUGCUGUGUCUGCGGAGCAAGGACCCAGCCGCCCAGUAAGUCCUGCCAGGGUCCGCUCUUUGGUCCUUUAGAUUUCCAGCAGCUGGGCUUGCCUCUUGGUCCCUGCCAGCUGUGUGGCUAGUUCCCAAGCGUCCUGUGGCCGCUGCGCAUCAGCAUGAAGUUGCCCCGGAUCCCUCUGCGGAGACAGAAGCUGCCCAAGGUUGUGGUGGCUCAUCAUGACCCCGAGAACACCCUGAACUGCAGCUUCCUGGAGCCGCCCUCUGUCCUGGAUCCCCCCUCGCCGUCCUGGUCUUCUCGGGCUUCCUUCUCCUCCUUUGACACCACGGAUGAAGGCCCUGUGUACUGUGUGCCCCACGAAGAAUCAGCACCCGAGAAUCCGGAGGGGGAGCCCUCUGGCCCCCCUGCCGAGGCGCCCGGGGUCCCUGGGCCCAGGGAGGGGGAAGACGCCAGCGUGGGCCCCUCCGGGGCCGCCGACAGCCGGGAGACGGUGCUGCUGGUGUCCUCGGACAGCGAGAGGUCGGCUUCCAGCCCGGAGCUCCCGCCGGCCGCCCUGUACGCGCGCGUGGCCCGGCUGGCCAAGCAGCCCGCGGCCGAGGCCGAGGGCCUGUCCCCCUCCCCCGAGAGGAGGAAGCCCCCGCCCCCGGACCCCUCCACCAAGCCCAAGGUGUCCUGGAUCCACGGGCGGUACAGCUCCCAGCAGUCCAAUUCCUUGCCGGCCUCCAGCAGAGCCCCCGACGCCGGCCACUGCCUGAGCAAAAGGAAACGGACCCCCAGCGAGACGUCCUCCGGCCUCCGCGGGCGGGGCGAGGAGCCGGGCAGCCCCAGGGGCCCCGACAAGGGGCCGAAGCCCCCCAGCGUCCCCGAGGGCCGGCCGGGGGCGGAGGAGCCGCUGGCUCAGGGGUUCCCUCGGGCCCGGGAAAGGGGCCCCGGGGGCUCGGAGCCCGCCGACGCUGGCCCGCAGAAGCCCCGGGCCGAGGGGCUGCCCUCCCGGCUGUCCCCCGAGGCGGCCGCGCUGCUGGCCACGCAGCUCAAGGAAAAGACUGGGAGCCUCGGCCGGGGGGAGGCGGGCACCCAGCAGAACGGCCUGGGGGCCCCCCAGCCCCACCGGGAGAAGCCUGCCCCGCCCCAGAAGGCCAAGCGGUCCAGCUUGCCUGGCUCGCGCAAGGCCGGAGCCUCCAGCUCUCCGGCCUAUCACAGGCCCCAGGUGGGCGGCCUGGAGGCCCCCGCUGCCUCCGGGGACCCCUUCGGGGCUGGGGCUGGGAAGCUGGACACUGGCAGGCCGGGGAGCCAGGAGCCGUCUGGCCUGGCCGAGGUGCCCAGGAAAAAGACCCCCAUCCAGAAACCACCCCGGAAAAAGAGCCGGGAGGCUGGCAGCGGGGAGCAGGGCAAAGCGGUCCCCUCCCCGCCCUAGGCACCGUGGGGGGCGGGGCCGGGAGGCCGGAGUCCUUCCUGCACCCUUCCACCCCUCUCUUCCCGCCCUCAGGCCCCGUUUUGGGCCUUUAGGACCAGCAUCCCCCAGUCUUCUCUGGAAGUUUGCCUCUUACUCUCAUGUAGUCUGUAAUUUGUACCUGGGUUUGGGCCCAGCUUGCAGUCGGGCGAUCCCUGACCAGUCCGGCUUCCCACUGGCCAAAGCCAAGAGUCCUGGCCAGCCCGGCUUCUCAUUGGCCAAAGCCAGGAGAGCCCCCGGAGCAGAACCUCUUUUUAGGCUUGAGGUCAGUGCUCCCGUCAGCCUAGCUGACCAUCCCCAGGGGAGGAGAGCUGGCUCCCCGAGCUCCCGAAAGCGCUUCCUGGCCUCCGCCUGCCCUGGCCCAGGCCGCCCCUUUCCCCUGUGCAGGGAGAGCCGUGUACCAUGUUCGAUGCCCCUCCCCCUGCUGUCUGCCCCCUGCUCAGUGCCAGCCCUGCCUUCCUCUGCAGUCAAGCUGGUAUUGACUGCUCCAUGUGGGCGCGGGAGGAGCGCCUGCGCCCCCUCCAGAGGAGAGGUGUAUUUAUGAGCUGGCUCCAGGGGGCCCGGGCACCCCCCAGCGGAGCUGCCCCGCAGGAUGGGUCUCCGGCCGGUGCGUGUCUGUGCGCGGGGAGGGUUUUUGCCUAAAGCUUUCUUAAUAAAAACAUGUAUCUUUCCUGA